GGCUGCCGCCGAUCGCCCACAUGUGAGACACAAGACUGCAAAUGACAGCUCAGAAUGUUCCUAAGGAAGACCCAUUCUGUGCCAUAGAAAUGGAAGGAUUUACACGGGAGGGUCCCUCUUUCUCCAUUCUGGGUGAGAGCUGGGACUGUGAGAACCAAGACUAUGAGAACCAGGAGAGACACGGAAGGAUUUACUGUGAGAACUGGGACCGUGAGAACCAUGAGAGACAUUUGAGGCUAUCUUCUUUCACUCAGGAGAAAUCAGGCACUCAGGAAGCAAUCUGUGAAUAUCUUGGUUUUGGGGAGCAUUUGAAUACAAGCUCAGGCCUUCCACCAUCUCAGAGUGUUCCUACCAAAAAUGGUUUCCAUGUUCACAACUCAGAUAUUAAAAUUUUGGAGUGUAACCGAGCCUUAUACAAGUGUCCUCAAAAUUAUUCCCCUAAGAAAACUGGUGAAAGUGAUGCCUGUGGAAAAGCCUUCCACCCUUCCGUAGAAUCUAUGCAACUUGGAAGAAUCCAAAUUAGAGGUAAACACUAUAAGCAUACUGGAAGUGGUAAAUCUGUGAACCAUUUUACCUCCCUUGGUGAUAAAAAAAUAAUGAAAAGAGGCAAAAAACUUUACCAAGGUAAUAACUUUGAGGACAUCUUUGUUCUGAGUUCAUCUCUUAAUGAAAGUAGAAGUCACCCCAUUGAGAAACCAUAUAAGUGUACUGAGUGUGGCAAAUGCUUCAAACGGAACUCUUCUCUUGUUUUGCAUCACCGAACUCACACUGGAGAGAAACCUUAUACCUGUAACGAGUGUGGAAAAUCCUUCUCUAAGAACUACAACUUGAUUGUUCAUCAAAGGAUCCAUACAGGAGAGAAGCCUUAUAAAUGCAAUAAAUGUGGGAAAGCUUUCAGUGAUGGGUCAGCUUUGACACAGCACCAGAGGAUCCACACAGGGGAGAAACCUUAUGAAUGUCUAGAAUGUGGAAAAACCUUCAACCGAAAUUCAUCCCUGAUUUUGCAUCAAAGAACUCAUACUGGGGAGAAACCAUAUAGAUGUAAUGAGUGUGGGAAACCCUUCACUGAUAUCUCCCACCUCACUGUACAUCUCAGAAUCCACACCGGUGAGAAGCCCUAUGAGUGUAGCAAAUGUGGAAAGGCUUUCCGAGAUGGUUCAUACCUCACCCAGCAUGAGAGGACUCACACUGGAGAGAAGCCCUUUGAAUGUGUGGAGUGUGGGAAAUCAUUCAGUCGCAACUCUCACCUCAUUGUGCAUCAAAAGAUCCAUUCUGGGGAGAAACCUUAUGAAUGUAAAGAGUGUGGAACUUUCAUUGAGAGUGCAUACCUCAUCAGACAUCAGAGAAUUCAUACUGGCGAGAAGCCUUACAGCUGUAACCAGUGUCAUAAACUUUUUAGGAACAUUGCUGGCCUCAUCCGGCACCAGAGGACUCAUACUGGUGAAAAGCCCUAUGAGUGUAAUCAGUGUGGCAGAGCUUUCAGGGACAGCUCCUGCCUGACAAAGCACCAGAGAAUUCACACUAAGGAGACACCAUACCAGUGUCUGGAAUGUGGAAAGUCCUUUAAGCAGAACUCUCAUCUGGCAGUACAUGAGAGACUCCAUAACAGAGAGGAUCCUAGCCAGUGCCCUCAAUGUGGGAAAACAUUCAGAAGGAGCUCGUCCCUUCUCCGGCACCAGAGAACACACCCUGAAGAACAAACUGUGGAAGCAAAAUGAACGUGGGCCACUCUUCUCCCGACUUACUCUCAAAAACAUGCACGAAAGGUAUGUGUCUUCAGAUGUGACUUUUCUUGUCAAUAAAACAGAAUUCUUUGAGAGAAUUGAUGAAUAUAAGACAUUCCAAAGCUCUUUUAAUUCUGUUAUUAACUCUUGGAGAUUAUGUUGGAUGAUCAUAAAUGUGGCUUCAGGGAUGAUUAAGCCUAUACCAAACAGAAUUGUGCAUACACAGUAAUAAAACAUGAGAAUGUGAGAAAGAUACUUCCCCUGAAUUUACCCACCCAGUGUGCAUCAGGAUGAUUAAAAUGAAAAGGAUCUGCAAAUGCAGUAAGUAAUCACACGGGAAUCCUGUAAUAGUGAGUAUCCACCUUACUGUACAUAAGAAAAGCUAUU